ACCUCUCUCUCUCAGUCUGUUGCAGGACAGGAUGGAGGUGGCAGCUCUCUCUCUGCUUCUCUUGCUGAAUUCUCUGGAUUCUGGUUCUGCACAAGUCUCUCCGACAGUCGCCCCCAAAAGAUCGCAGUUCUUUAAAUAUGACAGUUUCUCUGUGAGCUGUGAGGAGGAGGAGCUGACCGGAUGGAGAGUGAUGAAGAGGAUGAAGGAUGGAGAGGUGCGUCCAUGUCCGUCCUCCUGCUCCAUCACUGCUGCCUUCCCUGCCACAGAUAGCGGAGUGUACUGGUGUGAAACUGGACUGGGAGAAACCAGCAACACUGUCAACAUCACCGUCACUGGUAGGCUGGAGGGAUCAAUAACUUACACCUUGAAAUAUACUGGCUCUGUGAUCCUGGAGAGUCCAGUCCUUCCUGUGAUGGAGGGGGACGACGUGACUCUGAGCUGCAGAUGUAAAGUCACGACGUCUGCCUGCGACCUCAAAGCUGAUUUCUAUAAAGACGGCCUCCCCGUCGGGACCAGCUCCACCAGAAACAUGACCAUCCGCAGUGUUUCCAGAUGUGACGAAGGACUCUACAAGUGUAACGUCCUGGGAUUUGGAGAAUCCCCAGAGAGCUGGCUGACUGUCAGAGCGCCACCUGCAGGCCAGGAUCCUCCAGCUCCCCUGCUGUCUGUCUCCACACUGGUGCGUCACCUGGUGGUGGGAACUCCUUACCUGCUGUCCACCAUCUUAGUGGGACUCAUAUACAGAGACAGAGCGAGAGCGCGACAUGCCAGUAAAGCAAGGCGAACAUCUAAUGAUGUCAUAAUGGAGAUGGCUGCAAAGCAGACAGUGACAUCAUACAUCAACAGUGACACUUAAGAGGGAGGGCCGUCUGCACAUUCAACCUAAAAUGAAGAAGAAGAUAACAUCCCGGUUUCUCCUGUUUAAUUCCAUUUUUAUCUCAAAUUUCUUCGGAUUUAAAAAAAAUGUUAUUUUUAACAUUAUUUUUAUGUUUGACCUGAUUCCUCUGCCAUUAAGUUUGUUCUGUUUAAAUAUUCUUGAAGUUUAUGUGUACGUUUGUGUUUUGCUGAUAUGGAAAAUAAACUACUGAACAUC